AAUAAAAAAGUGAUUGACAACUGGUGCAGGCUUUAGACUGACAGUGGAUUCUAAUCCUCUUAAUGGCCAGAUUAAAAAAUGAUUGACAGUUACCAUCUCCUGCAGAGAUACAAACUGGAAAGAUUUUUGCCGUUACAAAGUGAGGACUAUCGGCUGAAGUGAAGUUUUAAACAUGAAGAGACCCCCGAGGCUGUUUCAUAAACGUUAAGCUAACCAUAGUUGAAACAAUGUCUGCUGUUACCCUCCUGGUGGUGAUUAGACUGGUUGCGCACAUCUGACGUUAACGCUGGAUACUUUACAAGGCCUCAAGCCAUGCCUCGGUCCACAGUUGGGCUGUGAAUCCGCCAAAACGUUACUUCGAGCCAUUGCCGCGUAACGUUAGACGACGUAGCCGCUACAACGGGGCUACACCUGAGUUUACUUCUUGUGUGAAAGGGCUGGGUCACAGACAUGCACCCACCAUCUGGACAGGACUAUGUUUCUAUAAGCUUUGCUAGGCAAGGAAGUGGAAGUUAUAGCAACAGUAAGCAAUGGAGGAGGCAGUCCUGUUGGAGGAAAUGGAAGCAGCUGUCCAGGCUGCAGCGGAGCCUCAUCCUCUUCAUCCUUGUCCUCCUGUUUAUUUGUGGAAUUGCUUCCUAUCCUGCUGUAACUGAACACAUCAGAGGCCUUACAGAUGGAGAGCAAGACAUAGACAGUAACAGCGUCCUGAGGCCCGUCAUCCCUCAUGUGCUGCCCGAGCCUGUUAAACAGGGCCGACCACCACUGCCAGAACAACCCUCCCAGAGGAAAUUAUCCAAUAAGAGAGGACCGCCUGUCCUUCAGAAUCAUCUUCAGAAGAAAGGAAACAUUUCAGAUACAGUUGUUGAGGACAAGGCAGCUGACAGCAAGAAAGAAGGGGAGGAGAAGGCAGUCAUCAGUUGGCGUGGGGCGGUGAUCGACACUGACCAGGCCACAGAAGGCACUAAGGAUGGGGGAAAUAAGGAGGAUUCAUCUGCCAACCAAAAAGCUAAAUCAUCAAAAGAGUCGGAAGCUAGCUGGCCGGAGGCGGUGCGUGAAGCUUUCAGACAUGCAUGGAAGGGUUAUAAAGACUUUGCCUGGGGCCACGAUGAGCUCCGGCCCCUGUCCAAGUCUUACAACGAGUGGUUUGGCCUGGGCUUGACGCUUAUUGAUGCCCUGGAUACCAUGUGGAUCCUGCAGCUUAAAGAAGAAUUUGAAGAAGCGAAGGCAUGGGUGGCCACAGAGCUCACAUUCAACAAGAAUGUAGAUGUCAACCUGUUCGAAAGCACCAUCCGCAUCCUGGGAGGCCUGCUGAGUACCUACCAUCUGACUGGAGAUACCCUGUUCCUAGACAAAGCUAAAGACAUCGGCUCCAGGCUGAUGCCAGCCUUCAACACCCCAUCCAAGAUUCCCUACUCCGAUGUGAACAUCGGGAAAGGCACAGCCCACCCCCCUCGCUGGACUUCAGACAGCACUGUGGCCGAGGUUACAAGCAUCCAGCUGGAGUUCAGAGAGCUCAGCCGCCUCACCCAGGAACCACGGUACCAGGCUGCUGUGGCUGAGGUUAUGAAACAGGUCCAAAAGCAGGACGGCAAGCUGGAUGGUCUCGUGCCUAUGUUCAUCAAUACAAACAGUGGACAGUUCACCCAUCAAGGCAUCUACACACUGGGAGCCAGAGCAGACAGCUACUAUGAAUACCUGCUGAAGCAGUGGAUCCAGGGAGGCAAGAAGGAGAACCAGCUCUUGGAGAACUAUCUGCAGGCAAUAGAGGGUGUAAAGAAGAACCUGUUGCAGAAGUCUUCACCUAAUGGCCUCACCUUUGUUGGAGAACUCUCACAUGGACAGUUCAGCCCUAAAAUGGACCAUCUAGUGUGUUUCUUGCCGGGCACUCUGGCCCUCGGUGCUUACAACGGUCUUCCUGAUGAUCACAUGGAUCUGGCCAAACAGCUGAUGGAGACCUGCUACCAGAUGUACGUCCAAAUGGAGACAGGCCUCAGUCCAGAGAUCGUCCACUUCAACAUGCAUCAGGGCAGCACCAGAGACAUAGACGUAAAGCUUGCAGACAGACACAACCUCCUGCGACCAGAGACAGUGGAGAGUCUCUUCUACCUGUACAGGUUCACCAAGGACCACAAGUACCAGGAGUGGGGCUGGGAGAUUCUCCAAAACUUUAACAAGUACACCAAGGUUUCCUCCGGUGGCUACACCUCCAUCAAUAACGUGCAAGACCCGGACUACCCGAGCCCCCGAGACAAAAUGGAGAGCUUCUUUCUGGGAGAGACCCUGAAAUAUCUGUACCUGCUAUUCUCUGACGACCCCAACCUCAUCAGCCUAGACCAGUAUGUCUUCAACACUGAAGCUCAUCCCCUGCCUAUAUGGCCUUCCACUGUGUGACACACACACACACACAGGAAUUCAAAUGGCAGAUAAAACUGCAUGUAUAAACAAAGCAAACAUCUCAGGGUUGGUCUAAUACCAAGAGAAUUCCUUCGUCUUCUGUUUCAGAAUCAACAACCCUGAACACAGACCACAGAUGGGAAAGCCUUUUUACCGAUUGAAUCAAUUGUUUGCCACGCGCUAAUAGCCAUGGAAAAAUGACAAGAGCCUGGUUCAGUUUGUGGCUAAGCCUUGUUUAUUUAUUUGAAUUCAAUUCAGUUUUAUUUAUAUAGCGCCAAUUCAUAACAGAAGUUAUCUCAUUACACUUGUCCUACAGAGCAGGUCUAGACCGAACUCUAGACCCAACAAAUCCCACCACGAGCCAGCGCUUGACUGGUCGUUUUCAUUGCGUGGUCUCGUAGUGACAGUUGUAUGCUGGAAUGUUUCUGUCCUCCAACUGCCCAUCAGCGUUAAAGGAAAAUCUGAUUGUGACUUGAAUCGAAGAUGUCUUAAGGGGAGGAGGAGUGUCGGGUUGUUUGCAAGCUGAUACUGAUAUUUUCAGUGUAAAGCUGCUCGUAGCUUAUAUUUUGGUUACAGUUUUGCACAUUCUAUAUCUAGCAAAAAUGACCAUUUUAUGUCAGGAAAAAAAAAAUUCAACUCAAGAACUUUCAAGUCUUUUUUUUUUUUUUUUUUUUUUUUACACCUGCAUUGUAUUCAUUAAAGUGGAAAGGUUUCUGAAAUGGCAUCUAAACGAUUAUGGAACAAAGCCAGUAUCCAACCCCCGCCUGCUGUAGCUACAACCUGACCGCUCUGCUGACAUGUUUGCACAUGGGUGUGACUCUUGCAGGGACACGAGAAAAAGCUAAUUCAGUGUAAUAUAGUCAUUAAGGGCUCUGGCUAGAACUGUUCUCUAAUGCCCCCCCUCUUCUGCUGGAAAACAGGAACUAAAGCUGAACCUUACUGACAGGGCACGAGCCUGCCCUCAGUCCAUGCAUUGGCUGUCCCAUGCUGCGUUCAUGUCAUACAGGAAAUGUGACUACAUGAAAAUCCUACUCAGUCCCUUCAGCGGAGAAAACAUUGCUUGGAAAGUGUUCACACCGCCACAUGAUUAAUGGAUGACACUGACUGGAGCUACGAACGUUUAACUGCUCUUAAGCAAGUGUGUUAACACAGUGUGAACACGUGGUCAUGGCUUGGCGAUUAACUCCGAUCUGUGAUGUCAUGCACAAGAAAAUGUUAGGUGUGUGGAAUGAUGUGUUACUGAUAAACAAUCCGACAGAAAACGGAAGUCUGGCAUGGCUUAGGGAAAUUUAAAAGUCGUUGCUCCUUCCAACUUUUCCUCACUUUAUUCCCUGAUGACAUGAAUGCAGCAUCAGUCUCUACUCGCGACUCCGAUGACCUCGGUCUGAUUCCAGUUGUUGCCAAGCACCAGAUUCACUUAUGAACUGUGAAGCUUUUGUUUCGAGGACAGCAAUGGGUUCUCAGCAUCACUGAUUUAAAUGUUCUUGUGCUGAGAAGCUGCUCUUUUCACUGAAUGUUUCAUUUCUUUCUUCUUUUGCCAUUUUCCUUGGUAAGGUGUAAAGUACAUUUGUUUUUGUGAGAGAAAUGAAUUGUGAGAUUUAAAAUAUAGACUUAGCGUAAUAUAUUGAUUUGUAGUGUAUAAUUGCAGCUACCUUAAUACAGUGAGCUCUCUGUGUGCAUUUUGUUUAGUUUUUGUAGUAGCAGCUUGCAGUCAUUCCUUUAAAUAUUACCAGUUUACAUCAUAGCUCUACUUGUAGUUAUUGUUGUUUUUAGGAAUUUGUAUGAGACCAAACUCAUGUUGUACAUUCUGUGUAAUUUUUCCCUUGGUGUUGUCUCACUUGUGCCUUUUAAUGUUGCUUCAGACAACAUUCAAAAGACAACUGUUAACUGUCUGUUAAUGUCCAUUUCUAUCCAUUCCAGCUAUUUUUACAUGAGCAUACAUUUGCUACAGUAGAUGGUCAUUCUGAUCACUGCAGAUAUGACUAUUUUUGCAGUAGAACAAUGAAAUAAGGAUUGAUAUUUUUCCAGAAGUCCCUCAAAGCAAUCGUUAGGUUUAUAUAAUGCUAGAAAUCAUGCCUAUAAGGGCUGUGUGUGAUCCCUCCCUGGAUGUAUUUCAGCAGAACUCCUAAGCCAAAGACUCGCUGAAAAUCUUAUCAACCCUGUUUGAUUUUGUAUGGGGGUUUUAACGAAAACACUCCAAAGCCACCUCUUUCAGGAAACAAAGGAGAUAUUUUCAAUGCUUUUGAUAACAAUUUCACCAGUGUCGGUUUUGAAGGCUGAUGCUAAUGUUUUUAGUCUUUGAUGACUGAUUCACUUCUAUUUUAGUUGCAGCCACCAAGCAGACUGCUUUUUACAACCAGAUGUGACACGUCUUCAUGUUCAUGAUCAGUUGUCAUACGUUAACAGUGGCACCACCACAAUGGACAUUUAAGUGUACUUUUGCCAGAGUGGAACGACUCGAACCUCAUUCAGACCAUCAAAUAAAGUGCAAGAGAAAUACAAGCUGUAAUGCAGGGUUUACAAUCUUAACUCAUCACAUAUUCGAAGAGUUAAAAGCCCGGCGCUCCAUCUUGGAACAGCUGGUAUAGUUAGGGGUGGGAUUCCCCAUUAGUCAUUCAUUUACAGGGCUCCUAAUGAAUUAUGGGUACUGAAUUAGAUGUUUUCCAGGGCUUGAGAAGUUUGUUACUGUGCAAAUAAAUAUACACUGCCAUUUUC